AUGUCUUCCAGCAACGUCGCAGAUUUUGUCAGCUCGAUUGAGGUUCUCUACGACGACGACCAGCCCGCCAACACCGUCGGUGAAAUCAAUGGCAACUCUGCUGAUAUCAACAAAGGCCAAGGCGGCAGUUACGUCUGGCUUCGUGUCCAUCGGGCCAACUCCCCAGCAGCUACUGUGAACAACAUCUGGGUCGAGAUUCGCGGCGACGAUGACGGCGUUAGCAAGGAUCUAGCCAAGGGAGCUGGUGGUCACUAUCGCUUUCUCAAGUGGUCUAACAACGAGGCGGACCGCACAAAAAUCACAGACGUUGCUCUUUGGAGAUCUGAUGACAAACAAUCCGACCCUCCUAAUGGCUGGAAUGGCAUGACCACAGAUAUUAACAAUGGUCGAGGUGGUGAUUAUCUCUACCUUGUUUGGAAAACCAAGCGGUUCCUGUAG